AUGACAGAAAUCCCCUUGCUGCAGACGCAUGCUGUUCCUCAGCUAAGCCCCAGGGCUCCAUUCGCGCCCGUUUCUUAUCCAGUUCCCAAUGGCCGACCGGUGGCAGACGCUCCUCAGCCCGACGAAGAUCCCGUUUCUGACACAAUCAAGUGCAUCUGCGGCUACGAGGCCGAUGAUGGUAGCAGUGUCCUGUGCGAAGUGUGCAGGACAUGGCAGCACGUUCUCUGUUACUACGAUGACGAAGACCAGAUCCCUCGAGUCCACGAAUGCGCCGACUGCCAGCCGCGAGCCCUCGACCAAGUACGAAUCAAGGAGCGUCAGAAGGCCUUCAAGAACAUGACCUACAUGAUCGAGAGGAAGCCGAAGCGGCCCGCAACCAAAAGUCACAAAAAGAAAAUAAAGGACGUCAACGCCGCCGUUGCGCUCACGAACGGACACGCCGAUGACGCUCUUUCUGCUCUGGAUCGCAAGAGCGGGAGUCCCAAAGAUCAUCAGCCUCCGUCGAAACGGCCAAAGACAAACCAUAAAGCGUCUGGAUCCGUCACGUCGCUCAAUCAGUCGGCUUCGGGUUCGCGGAAGCGGGCUGCGUCAACCGCGCAACCCGUCCACAGCCCGGUCAAGUCGCCUGGCCCGCCCAUCCCGACCGGCUAUGCGCCCGAUUACUUCUCGGAUGAAUUCAUGCAGCUCUACCAGCAUCCCGAAUAUACCCAGAUCGAAGCAAACUCCUUCAGCGAUCUAGCCGUGACCAACAGCCUGCAGACUUGGCUCUGGGAUCCCGAGGCGACAAAACAAGCUUCCGGAGGCAAGGCCCGUGAGCAGAUCUUCCAGCGGCACGAAGGUACCAUAAAGUCUCUCGAGGAACAUGGCCCUGUCUUGAAGGAAAACACCGGCAUCGGCGCCAUCGCAACAGUACAAGGAUCUCACCCUACCUUCAAGUGGCUCACCGUCGAAUCCGAGGUUCCAUGCGGUGGAUUCGUUGGGGAAGUCAAAGGCCAGAUCGGUAGGAAAGAAGAGUAUUGCUCGAAUCCGGAAAAUCGUUGGGAGUCGCUCCGGCACCCUGCACCAUUCGUCUUCUUCGCUCCGUUUCUCCCGCUGUACAUCGACACCAGGCACGAAGGGACUCUCCUGAGGUACAUUCGACGCAGCUGCAGACCUAACGUGCGCAUGCAGAUCCUGAUUACCGGCGAAUCUGAGUACCAUUUUUGCUUCAUCGCGCUCGACCACAUCUACGCGGGCGAGGAAAUCAGUAUUGGCUGGGACAUCGACAAGGACGUCAAGAACGCGCUCGAGGCCUCUCUUCAGAAUGGCAACAUCCACGAGCGAGGCAUCCAAGAGGUUGAGGGUGUGUCACACUGGGUUGCCGGUGUGCUCUCCAAUUUCGGCGGAUGCGCGUGCAAAUUGCCAAUCAUGGAGUGCCCUCUCGCCCUUGCCGACCGACGCAACGCACCCGCCAUACUCGCCUCGUCAAAUGCACAACCGCUGAAGUCCAAGAAACCCAGACGAAACGGCAAUCAAAACUCUCCUCUCAGCACCGGUCAGGCAACAAACAGUCGUGCGGGCAGCGAAGCGCGAAACCGCCCCGAACACGACGACGAGAAUGCUGACAGUCGCUCGGUUUCCGGCUCAUCCCGUAGCAAACCAACCAGUCGAGACAUCACUCCGAUGACACAUGUGUCCAACGAGAAUGCCGUCGGGCUCGGCGUGGAGAUGUCGGACCGAGAGAAGAGGAAGCUGAUGCAGCAGGAAAAGCUCUUCGAGCAGCUUGAGCACGACGAGCAACAUGCACAGAGGAAGAGAAAGAGGAACAGCGCUGGAUCGGCCCUCAAUACGCCCAGUGUGGCAACUUCAAAGCAACUUGGCCAUUCAGAGUCAUCCUUCCCCUCUCCGGCAGUUGCGUCCAAAUCUCGGGCUGCAGACCCGAACUCUCGCUCGCAUAACAUGAACGGUCGUCGAUCGAAUAACUCGUCGCAUCAACGUCGGGCUGGCGCACGUGCGCCGAAAGAACCGGUACCGCCUAAGAAACCGGAGUACAAAGAUUCAAGCAUGCAAACCGAGCCGGACAAGGAAUUUCCGUCUCUGGUGCCUUUUCCCGCCGCGCGCCGGAAACCGAAGGGUUCCUUUUUGCGAUCGCUGCUACAUCGCACGCACGACACCAGAGUAUACAGAGAACGAUCGGAAUCCGCACAACACAGCCCCUUUGGGUCACAUUUGCAAGGUGACAGGAUGAAUGUGGACAAGCCUGCGUCAUCGGCUACUGUACUAGCCGUGAAACCGCAUCCCGUCCCCGACUCGACGACGGCGACACCAAAGGAGGCAUAUCCCCCCCUCAAGUCAGAGGAAGAUAUGGAAAUGCACGAUGCAAUCGCAGUUGCGGCGGCCGAAAUCUCAAAGCAGGGAAAUGAGCCCAUCUCGCCACGGAUGGGCGCGCCUACUGGAGAUCAACCCGCAACGCUCUCCUCGCAGCUCCCUCAGUCCUUCCUCCCGCCCGAGGAGAUAUCGCCAACUAGUACUCCGGCAUCCUCCAGCGCACCGACCAUGGAAUCGAAAGCUACGUCGCCCGGCUUACGGGUUGAGCUCCCACUCGCGCCAACACUUGAGAGACGUCGUCCAUCCAUGACAACACCCCCUCCUCCUUCCACCGUUGGUGCCCCUGCAUCAUUAUCUGUCUUGACUGAAACCCCCACACUCCCAACACCAUCCGCGCCUACAAUAUCUCUUUCGUCUCCUGUCGACAUAGCGCCGCCUUCGACCGUGGUUACCCCCAGCCCUGUGCAACGUAAAGCCAAAAUGAGCUUGAGCGACUGGACUGCCAAGAGAAAAGCUAAGCUUGAGGCGAAGAGCCAUGAUGGUGACAGAGGAGACGAGAAGGACAGGGAUAGGGAUGCAAUUGCUGAGACAGGAGAUGUCAGGGACGAAGACGACCGGCCCAGUAGUUCGGACAAAAGGGAAGAAAGUUCGGAGGCUAAGGUUGGCGAAGGCGCAUGA